CCCGCUCAAGUAUGAAACUCGUACUCUCUACUGUGCUGUCCUUCGGGAUAGUGGCUCUGUGUUUUGCUGCUCCCCCUAAGGCAAACAUCAGAUGGUGCACAAUAUCCUCAGCAGAACAGAACAAAUGCCACAAUCUAAGGGACCUCAUGCAACAAGACGUUGCAUUGAAUUGCCUGCAGAAAGCAACGUACCUUGACUGCAUAAAAGCCAUUUCGAAUAAUGAAGCAGAUGCCAUUAGCUUGGACGGUGGUCAAGUUUUUGAGGCAGGCCUUGCCCCCUACAAGCUGAAGCCCAUUGCUGCUGAGGUCUACAAACAAAUUGGAGGCUCCACAACCAACUACUAUGCCGUGGCUGUCGUGAAGAAAGGAACAGACUUCACAAUAAAUAACUUGCAGGGCAAGACCUCCUGCCACACAGGCCUGGGCAGGUCCGCUGGCUGGAACAUCCCGAUUGGGACGCUCCUCCACCGGGGAGACAUCAAGUGGGAUGGCAAAGACUCAGCCUCCAUCGAGCAAGCGGUGGCCAAUUUUUUCUUGGCCAGCUGCGUGCCUGGUGCCACCACUGAACCAAAACUGUGCCGUCAGUGCAAGGGGGACUCCAAAACCAAAUGCUCCCGCACAGCACCUUACUCUGGAUACUCUGGAGCUUUCCACUGUCUGAAAGAUGGAAAAGGAGAUGUGGCUUUUGUGAAACACACAACUGUUGAAGAAAAUGCCCCAGAGGAGAAGGAUAAGUACGAGCUUCUGUGUCUGGAUGGCAGACGUCAGCCCGUGGACAACUACAAAACCUGUCACUGGGCCAGGGUACCUGCUCACGCCGUUGUGGCUCGAGAUGAUAGCAAGAUUGAUGACAUCUGGAGCUUUCUCUUAAAAGCACAGGAAAAAUUUGGCGUGGGCACAAGCAGCACCUUCCACCUCUUUGGGCCACCUGACAAGAAGGACCCUGGCCUCAAAGACUUGCUUUUCAAAGACUCUGCUAUACAGCUGAAGCGUGUCCCACCACUGAUGGAUUCCCAGCUCUACCUGGGCUUUGAGUAUUACAGUGCCAUCCAGAGCCUUCAGAAAGAUCAGAUGUCCAACCGCAGAGAAAACAAGACACGGUGGUGUGCAGUAGGCAAGAAUGAGAAGAGCAAGUGUGACCUCUGGAGUGUGGUGAGCAACGGGGAGGUGGAGUGCACCGUGGCAGACAACGCCGACAACUGCAUUAUUAAGAUCAUGAAAGGUGAAGCAGAUGCUAUCAGCUUAGACGGAGGUUUUGUCUACACUGCUGGCGUGUGUGGCUUGGUGCCAGUGAUGGGAGAAAGCUAUGAGGUCCUUAAUUCUCCUCUAUUUUAUCUUCUCAAAGCAUCCUACUUUGCUGUGGCUGUUGUGAAGAAAUCUAACAGAGAUAUCACAUGGAACAAUCUGCAGGGCAAGAAGUCGUGCCACACCGCUGUCGGGAGAACUGCUGGCUGGAACAUCCCCAUGGGCUUGAUUCACAACAGGACAGGGAACUGCAAUUUCAAUGAAUACUUCAGCGCGGGCUGUGCUCCCGGGUCUCCUCCUAACUCCCGCCUCUGCCAACUCUGCAAGGGCUCAGGGGGGGUCCCGCCGGAGAAGUGCGUCGCCAGCAGCCAUGAGAAAUACUACGGAUAUACCGGAGCUUUACGGUGUCUGGUCGAGGAGGGGGAUGUGGCCUUUAUUAAGCAUUCAAUCGUUGAGGAAAACACUGAUGGGAAAAAUAAAGAAGACUGGGCCAAAAGUCUGAAAAUGGACGAAUUUGAGCUGCUGUGCACUGAUGGGCAACGGGCAAAUGUCAUGGCUUACAGGGACUGCAACCUGGCCAAAGUUCCUACCCACGCUGUGAUCACGCGUCCCGAGAGAGCAAAUAAAGUCCGUGAGCUGCUGGAGAGACAAGAGAAACUGUUUGGAACAAAAGGAAUCGAGAGAGAGAGGUUCAAGUUGUUUGAGUCUGUGACCAAGGACCUUCUGUUUAAAGACUUGACCAAGUGUCUGGUCAAACUCCGCAGUGGAAUAACGUACAAGGAAUUCCUCGGAGGUCAAUACUAUGCUUCAGUUGCCAGCCUCAAUAGCUGCAAUCCAUCAGGCCGCGGGCACCGGAAGCGGGGGUACGGCGACGUGUGCGCGCGGGCAGGCAUGGCGGGCAGGCUGGAGCCGCACCUGGAGGCGCUGCGGCGGGAGCUGCGGGCGCCCGACCCCGCCGUGCUCUCCGUCCUCCUGGCGUUGCUCGCCGUCGCCGUCACGCUCCUGAUCUGGAGGUUCGUGCAGGGCAGGAGGAGCAGCCGGAAGGCGGUGCUGCUGCUGGGCCUCUGCGACGCGGGGAAGACGCUGCUUUUCGCCCGGCUGUUGACAGGCAAAUACCGCGAUACCCAGACUUCGAUAACCGACAGCUCCGCAGUUUACAGAGCCAGCAGCGACAAGAGCGCUAACGUGACCUUAAUCGACCUCCCAGGCCAUGAGAGUUUGCGACUUCAGUUCUUGGAGAGGUUCAAGGCCGCAGCCAGAGCCAUCGUGUUUGUGGUGGACAGUGUGGCCUUCCAGCGGGAGGUGAAGGAUGUGGCGGAGUUCCUGUACCAGAUCCUGGUCGAUAGCACUGUGCUCAAAAAUGCACCCGCGCUGCUGAUCGCUUGCAAUAAGCAAGAUGUCACAAUGGCAAAAUCAGCAAAACUUAUUCAACAGCAGCUGGAGAAAGAGCUCAAUACCUUACGAGUGACCCGCUCUGCAGCCCCCACCAGUCUGGAUGGCUCAGCCACUGGGGGCCCUGCCCAGCUGGGGAGGAAGGGCAAGGACUUCGACUUCUCUCAGCUACCCAUGAAGGUGGAAUUCGUGGAGUGCAGCGCUCGGGGCAGCAAGGGAGAGGAGGGAGAUGCUGACUUCGAGGGCCUCGAGAAAUGGCUGGCUAAGAUCGCCUGAACGGAGAAGGGCAGGGCUGGAGGGAGAGGCUGGGGGGCAGGACGCUUGGGGACUGAAAGGAAAAAGAUGGUCUGAAGCACUCAAAUCUCAUCUUGCUGUAGAAAGAAGAAACUUAAGUUGGAAAUCAACACUGUGGUAUCUUCCUCUGCUGCUUGGGAGCAACAUGACACAAUUGCUGGUGUGAUUUCCUCUGACUGUCUCUUCACACUGCAACGUUUUUUUCCUCUCCCCUCUUCCUUUGUCUUCUCUGGGAUGCUCACCCUCUGGGCUUCUGUGUUUCCUUAAUCUUUAGGCUUUUCAUUUGGUAGUUGCCAAGCAAAUUAGGAAGGAGUGCACUGCCGGGUGAGUUUUAGAGAUUGGAAUCUGCGUGUUGUCUUCUGCCUUGGUUUAGCAUUGCAACCCUGUUGCUUCUCAGAGCUCCUGAUCACCUCCUGAUUUGGACUGCUUUCCCCAGCCUCUCGCUGCUUGGGAGCACUGUGCACAUCACCUAUGCUGCCCUGGCGAAGCGCACAGACUCUCUCAGUUGGGCAAUCAUUGAGGAGAGUAUAAAAAGCUGUUUUCCUCCGUGUCUCCUACCUUCCCUUUCUUCCAAACUGAUGCAGUCCUGUUUCUGUGGGACUGGAGUGGUCUAUUAAAUGCCAAAACCAGGCUGGCUGCUCUGCCUUUGUCACUGUGCACUGCCUGUGUCCCGUGUCUUUGGGUGAUUUCCCCUGUUGGACAGUCUUUGGGAGUUUUUCUUUAACUGAGGGCUAUGUCCUGAAAUCUUGUUUCACUCUGCUUUCUCCUUCCCAUACUUCAGGCUCUCCUUCCACAGACAUGUAUGCACACUCUCCAAGUGGCAGAGUUACAGUAGGGUCUUAGCUUGAAACUAUGAGGCGGGCACGUUUUUAGAUUCAUACCUACAUUACGUGCGAGAUCUGGCACGACAGGCGUUUGCUGCGCAGUCCCCUGCCUGUCUCCUGCUCCAUCGACUGCAGUAACAUCUUUUUUUGAGUGUAAUUAGUCAGCAGUUGUGGCAAAGUGAGAGGGAAAGUAAAAAAGCUGCUAGCACGUUAGUGUGAGUCCUCCUCCUGAGGAAGAUGCUCAAUGAAGAGGGGAAAGAAGUGUGAGAUUUUCCCAGUUCGUUCUCACUUGUCGGUGGUGUUUAAAGCCAAAGCUGCCGCUCUGUGCGUGAUCCCAACUGUUAACCUUGCAGGGAAGAUUCAGGGAAUGCCUGUCGCUGUAGCUAUCUCAGCGGCUCAGGAGGCUGCUCGGAGGCUUGGAGUGUUGGAGGGCUCUGAUUCAGCACGCUUCGGAGCUGUCUGAGGGACAUUUGCUCUCCUUCCCAUGCUCUGGCCAGGAGCAUCGGUUAUCCAAAGGGAAAUCUUCCUGAACAGCCUUAAAACACAGUUGCCCUGCCCAGCAGCUUCACACAGCUUUGCGCUCUGAUGGGGUCUCACUUCUGUGCCGCACCUACGUGAGGAUGAUUGCUCUCCACACCGCAUAUUGCGAGGUCCUA